AUGGUUCAGAAGGGCCCUGCAGUUGGAGGUGAUGGUGGCUCGCCGUUCGACCUCCUGAAUGGGAAUAGGCCCGUGGAGCAACUGGACGUAUGGUACGGCAGUGGCAGUGGUGAUGCCGACAGAUAUAUUGUCCUGAAGGGUAUCAAAGUCAGAUGGCCCGAUGGUAAAACUGGCCAGGUCGGAAGUUGCCCCCCAGGAGACCAGCCGAGCCCAUUGCAUACCAGUUUCGACUUCGAACGCAAUGGCAAUGAUCCCCUUGACUGGAUGGAUAUAUACGGGUCAACAGGGCGUGCCGAUUCACUAAGAUUGGUGACUCAUGACGAGACGGACUACUUCGAGGCUGGAGGAAUCGGUGGUGGCAAAUGCAUUCAACCUGCUCAAGGUAGAAAGCUAUAUGGGUUCUACGGAAGGGCAGGAUUUGAUAUUGAUAAGCUAGGGGCGUACUUCAGUGAUUAG